GUUCGGUUUCAGUUCGCGUUUGGAUACCGAAUCGGACGGGUUUUGACGCGCGCGCGACCGACGUACGUUUACUUCGUUGAGGCGCUUAAGGAAAAGUGGUUUGCGCGAAUCUCUGGCGCUAGACGGGAUCCCUCGCCGUGUAUAGUGCAGAAAUGUGUUGAAACAAGUUUCGAUCGAGCCUUUUUGCAUCUGUUGUGUUUCUCGAGGUUUUUUGGGGGCCCGCGUGUUCGAAGGGCGAUUUUGAGCCAUUUAACGCCGUCUCGGGGAAUCAUCACCCAGCUAAAAGCAUCUCGUUAGCUGCAAUUGGCCCCUCCGUAAAAUUAAAGAAUACACGUAGUGAGUUGUAAGCAAGCGCAUCUAGGCUCUUGAGAGGGUGUUGUAUGAUUUCGGCUGGAUGGUGCACCCUUCAAUAUAAGUUAAGGUAGGCUGGUGUGUGAAUUAAGUCGUCUAACAAUAAAUUCAAGCUAAAGUAUCAUCAUCGCUUCGAAGGUGUCGAAGAAGUGUUGAAGAAAUAUGAGAAGAAACGGUCCCCUCUCGGUAGAAGGCUUUUGAGUGCGCGCACAGAUUUAGGCGCAGUUGAAAGUGAGAAAAGUAGGUCUCGUUGAGUGACCGUUGUGAACGUGCAGUCAGCUGGAACUUCGCUACGUAGUGCUUACGACAGCUUUGGUGGUGAUUCACGGCCCACUACCUCAAGGAAGGUCGAUUCGAGAUAAAUGAUUAUCGGCUUUGUCACGUUGUGCGGUUGAUCUUGCACUCCUCUGGGCUGGUGUCUGUGUGUUUAUGAUGUGCCUUCAAUAACUGAAAUGGAAUUUCCCUGUUCGCCUGAGUGAGUCUAUAGGGAUUCAGCAGAUUUCGUUCUCGGUACUGAGCAGUGGUGUAUAAUUAAGUGAUAUCGCACGUUUGCUUGAGGGUGCGACACAGCAAGUUGUUCCAAGUGCUUUCGUGUUUUGCGGCAAUUGAGAUAUGAAUUGUUUGUUUGGGCAAGAUAGUGAGUGAGAAUUACGCGAUGUUGACGACAAGAAAACCGGGGCCUCCAGUCCCUCCCAGACCAAGUGCUGCAGCCGUAGCCAAUGCGCUAGCUAGACACCGUGAGAACUCUCCCAGUCCGGUAGGAGUUCACACGCUGAAGCCACCACAUCCAGGACGUACCGUGGUUUACAAAUCACCGGGAUUCGAUGAACCUAAAAAACCGCAACAAUGCAGUCCUAACGGAAAUUUCAUCGCAAAUGGAGACUCCAAGAAUUAUCCGGAGUAUUCACCUCAAAAGACGGAAGUUUACCUUGGCGAUUCUAACGGACUGUUCGUGCCGCGACCAAUUCUACCGGUUGAGAAUGGCGUUAAUCACCGCAGUAAUAACGCCAAUUCCAACCUAGUUAACGGAAAACUAAUGUACACAUCAACGUGUAGUAUAAUUGAAAUAAACUCUUCCUCAUCAGCUUCUACUUCGGCGUCAUCGUCGCCUAUGUCCACGCUUCAAAAGCCAGAAUCCAUUGGCCGUAAUGAACGCAAUCAUCAUAAUUUUGUCGAUGAAGAAGAGACCAUCGUGAGCCAAAAACAAAUCAAAAAAUCCUACAACCAUCAACAUCUGGAUGCUUUUGACGAUUCCUCCGCUAUUAGGCGUAAUUCACCCGAUGUGAUUGUGAUCAACUCGACCUCCUCUGAGCAUGACAGCGGGACUGAGCAAAAUUCGAUCGAUACCAAUAGCAUCGCCAGUAGCAAUUCGCUGGAAAGGGAAAAUAAUAUGAAAAACCUUGAAACCCGACAAGCUCACAUGACCGAGAUCAUCAUCGGAUUAAGCCCGGAUGAGCUUCGUUCCACCAGUACCACCAUGGUGAACAGCGGAACAUCAACGAUCAUCGAAGCUCGAAACGAUGCCCUCCUUACGAAUCAGUCCUCUCCGGAGCCCAUCAAACAUGUGAUAAGAACCUCGUCCAUCCGUCUCCCGUACCGUCCGGAGCCGGAAGGCGGUGAGCAUAUCUCACCCACGAACGAUGGCAAUGUAUCUACCAAAUUGAUCAAUCCCCCGUCGAUCGACCCGAAAACGAUCGAUACGAAGCUGAGCGAGAAGAAAGUGGCAUUCCAUGAGUUGCUGAUUUCGGAACUGACGGCUAUGAGACAAACCCAUGCUCAAGAAGGCGGAGGUACUGCUGGGGAUGCCGUCUCCAGGCGACAGCGAUGCCCCCCGGAGACGCGCUCUUCGACGGAUGUUUCACCGAAUGGGACUGCCAAUAGGCCGGCUCGGAUUCGUACCGCCGAUUGGAUUGAAGUUGGCGAUAACGGCAAAGAGGUUGUGCUUUCCAGCUGCCAGAUCAGCCUGGAGGACUCGGGCAUGGAGGACGAGGAAAAGCUGGACGAUGCCUCCUCCGGGGUGGGAGAUUCCUGGGAUAGCGUCAAGGAUGCCGAAGAACGCAUCACGAUGUCCCUACCGGGACUGCCCCCGCUACCAAAGAGUCUCAGUGGUUUCGAUCUGGCCGGUCAACAGCUUCAAGUCCAUCAGCAGCACCACCAUCUCCUUCAACAGCAGCAGCAUCACCAUCAGUCAUCUCAUCAUCAGCAUCUGCUGCAGCCUCCACAGCAUCAACCAAAUCCACCACCCUCCCAGCAAAUGCUUCAACAGCAAUCGCAGCAACAACUUCCUCCAUCCCUUAAUCACCAUCCGACGAAUCCGUUCAUCCCGAUCGGGGUCAACCUGCAAAGUGUCAGUAUGGCAUCGUUGGUUUCGCAGCGGGGCCAAUCGCCAGUCAGCACCAUCAGCAGCGGAAACAGUGUCGCGGCAACGCCAAAUAGUGGUUCCAGCAGUGGCAACGGAGGCGGCGGCGGCGGCAGCAGCAGCAUUCGGAAGCCAACUACCCUCGACACCCAGCUGGCGAUCUUGCGGAGAGAAAUGGUGAGUACGAUUGACUGAUCGACUGGCAGUUGAAUCAACGGACGGGGGACUUCGGAGAUAUAGGUUGGACCGGUGCGGGUACGUUCGUUGGUUGGAGUUUAGGGGAUAUUUCCAUCGGUCCUGAGUCGACAGUUGUCAUAAUUACGUGAGUUUUGCAUAAUAAUAUGGAUGAACAAUAAUCAGUUUUUCUGAUAUUCUUCUAGCCAUUUCCAACGAAUUUCGUGUGAGAUCUAUAUUGUAUUCAUGACGAGAUCUUUUAUAAAUGAAUAAAUGGUGAGGUUUUCAGGUAUUUUUAGGCAAGGACAAAACUUCAAGUUAUUUGAAGUUCGUCAUUCAAAUUUCCGACAAAUCGGACUACUAGAAGCUGAAAUACAGCUGUAUGGAAAAACAGCAUUUGAUUUCUAACUUUUGUCCCUGACUGUAUCGUACAUAUGUUACACAAUUCAAAUAAAAGCGUUGAACGAACUCACCAAUUGAUCCUUCAUUCUUGCCAGAGCAGCCACAAACCACUUUCAGCUUCACAUACAGAAUAACUGCGAAUUAAUAGGGUCAAAUGGUCCAACAUGCCACUUUAAGGAUUUGUGUCGUUUUCUCCUAAUGAGAUCCACAUUUUAACGCCAUUCGAAGUCUUAACAGUAACUUUACAGUAUUUGCUAGCUAUCAUCAUGAAAACAUUUCCCAAAUUUGAGUUUUUGUACGGACUUAAAUCGUGUAGAAAAAUUGGUUGAAAAAUGGGGGUGGUUCAAAAUUACCAAAUGGAUGGGGUAGAAUGCCAUUUAGUAUGGAGAACUAGUAGUUAGCAACCAAGUUUCUCCAUGAGUUUGCUCUGUGGUACGGAAACGCUUAUUCCUUAAUGAAAUCAUCGGAAAACCUUAAAAUUUAGGAAAAAA